AUGCGUAAAUGGCUGUGUGUAGACAGGCUCCACAUCUCACACCGCCUCGGAAUUGUGGUUGUGCCGUUCCUUGAUGAGGACCAAGAUGCUAGUGAACGGGGCUCGUUGGCCGCUGGGUUCUACUGGGCGGAGACGGGCUGUGCGGAGAAGCGGCUGCCGGCGCCGCCCUGGGGCAGGCUGGGGCGGGCGAAGGAGCGCAGCAUGAGUGGGAAAGAGCCGCUGCUGGGACCCCUGAAAGGGUGCAUUCGCUGUCUUCAGGAAGGCACUAGCCCUUGUACCGACACUUCCCCACAUCUACAGCCCUUUUGUGAGACCCUGGAGAUGAUCCUUCGGAAAGGAAUAAAGCAGCCAGUUCUGGGUUUCAAGAGGAGGGACUACUGGCACUGGAUAGAACAACUUCCUCAUCAGGUGACCCAUCGCAGCAUGACCCUUCUGUCAAUCGUGAUUGACAAAACCAACUCUUGUGAGAAGGUGCUCACAGCGCAAGGCCGAGGGCGGCACUUCCUGCGUCAGGCUUUGAAUGAGAAGCUACUAGCUGUAGCUAUUCAGCAGCUGCUCAGAGCUCCCAAGUUGCUUGAGUGGUAUGAUCCAGUGACCUCCAUCCUGGGCAAUGAAGAGUUUUUGGAGCCGUUCCUGUCUAUGAUUCUGGUGGUGACAGAAAUGAGUUUCUCGCUUAAUGUGCAGAAUUCCAGUUUCUUGGAUGAAAGCUGGCAGCUUCCGGUGUGCCUGACCUAUGAAACAGUCCCCUGCAAAGAACUAGGAAUGGUGCUCAGAUACUUGGAUGGGCGGAUUUUCAUCGUAGACCUUCUUCCACAGAGCCAGGCGGAGGUGGAUGAGGUUGUGCUGGUCGGAGAUGUCAUUGAUGAGAUAAAUGGGUUUUCACUGAGGAAUGCUUACAAUGGACAGGCUGGAACUGUGCUCCAGAAGCUAAAGGGCAAGCCACUGAGCUUCCACCUAAUUCGGUGGAAAUGGCACGAUGGAGGAAUGUACAAGCCGCUGCUGCCCUUCCUGAAAGUUCUCAGGGAGAAAAUCCCCAACUUCCAAUUCCAGCAUGAACACAGACACAAAGAAGAGAACAAGAGCCGGUGCCUGCAGGGGGGCAGGUUGCUGUACAAUCUGCGGUACUUGGGCGAAGUCAGCGUAGGAAAGCACGGGGGCAAAGAAGUAUUAGACAAAGGCAUCUCGGUGGUUUUAGAGAAAUGUUUUCCGCUGCAGCAUAUUCAGUGCACAGCAUCAGCACAACGAAGUAAACUACAGCUUGCCACCCCUGUCUCUGUAAAAGCCAUCCUCUUCAGAGGGAACAUCACAGAAAACGGUCGCCAGGCGCAGAAUUGGCUGGGGGGAAGCACCCGCGUAGCAUCCUAUGAAGGCUUCUCUGCCACCAGCAAGCUCGCUGCAUCUGCACGGCUCAAAGUACCUGAUGCGUAUCCUGUGAUGCGAUUACUCCCGACAAGCGACACAGGCUUGUCUCACUCGCUGAAACCAAGAUGGUGGUGUCACUGCACGUGCAGAAGCCGCAACAAGUACCGGAGCUGUGUACAGCUGCAAGGGGUACAGCCCGUGUAA